AAGCGACCCCCACCCCCCCAUUCCCUCCUCCUCCCCCUCCUCCUCCUCCCGUCUCUACGCAUUCCUCUAAGCUGCGCCUUUAGAAAAGCGCAGAAAUCAGCAACGAUGCGCCGAAAUUAGAGCAAAAACUGCGAUAUAUCGGCACAAAGGCUCAAAAAAAUGUGAAAGUCAGUCAGAAACAGGAGAAUGGGGCUGCGGUUGGUGGAAAAGGGGAACCACAGCAAGCGGAUGGUUGUAUUUGUGGCAAUCUUUCUCAUCACCACCCUCUUCAUUCUCUACAACUCCAACAGUGUCAAUGAGUCGUAUGAGGCUUUUAAAGAUAUAGGGUAUAGCAGUACCCUCAAAAUCACUGACCUGAAGAAGUGGGCUGGAAAAGAUGGCUACGUGCCAGUUUUUGGCAACAAGAGCCUGACCUUACAUUGUAGGCAGUGUGCCCUGGUGAUGAGCUCAAGCCAUGUACUGGGCACUGGCGCUGGAGCAGACAUUGACCACUCUGAGUGUGUGAUCCGCAUGAACGAUGCACCUACAUCUGGUUUUGAGGCGGAUGUGGGUAAUAAAACUUCCCUUCGUGUUGUAGCUCACUCCAGUGUGAUCCGGCUUGUCCGAAAACCCCAAGAGUUCCUUAACUGCUCUAACUGCCCAUCUGUCAUCUUCUGGGGUCCACCCUCAAAGAUAGGACGUGAUGCCAAUGGUGCUGUCUACAGGUUGAUCCAUCGUGUUGCUGCCACAUACACCAACCUCACAACCUUCACUGUCGCUCCAAGCAAAAUGCACAAGUUCGACGCACUCUUUCAAAAAGAGACUGGCCGAGACAGACAGAAGUCUCAGUCCUGGCUGAGCACUGGCUGGUUCACCAUGGUCAUCGCUAUUGAGAUCUGUGACAAAAUUAAGGUUUAUGGGAUGGUGCCUCCCACCUACUGUGGGAAGCAUCCUCAGCCAAAAAGAAUGCCAUAUCAUUACUAUAAACCCAGAGGGCCGGACGAGUGUGUAACCUACCUGCAGAAUGAGAGGGGUCGCCGUGGAAAUCACCAUCGCUUCAUCACCGAAAAACAUGUGUUUGCUCGCUGGGCAAAACUCUAUAACAUCAGCUUUGUGCACCCCACCUGGUGAGAAACAGAUAGCAAAAGGCUGCCAGGCUCAUUCCUGGAGAUCCAAUAUGGCCACCAGCACAAGGCUCAGACUAAUAAGACAUUAAUCCAAAAUGGCUACCAGCCAUAAUAUAAUAACUGUGAAACAUACAGCCUCACUUUCAGCUCAAUAAGAGUAUGAUAUAACAUGGCCCACAGCUUCAGUCUAAAUCUCUUAUAUAUUUCUCAGACAAAUGAAAAAAAAAAAGAAAAAAACAGUCGAUCCAAAAUGGUGUCCAGCCUCAAACUGAGAAAACUGCUUUAACAGUGUCCAAGCUGUGCAGAUCAAGUCAACUGGCUGCUAAUUUUACCCAAAGCCUAAAGAGAGAUUAAACUAAAGCAGUUGCUGGUUUCGCAUUUAUUACCUGCGGAAGCACAAAUUGGCUGCUGUUUUCUCGCUGUUUUGUCUGUCAGACGAGAAACUGUUCAGACCUUCUUAUAGAUCUGGCCGAGCUUUGAAACGGUGCCUGCUUAGACUUUUGGAAUUGUCUUUAUUAUAUGAUCUCUUUAUUAUAUAUUUAGGUCAUUCUAAAGUGUGUCAAACAUAGCAAGAAUUUUAUUUGAAACAGAUUUUUGAUUUUUAAAAAUUUCAAAAGAUUAUGAUAGAGUCGACAAUACUGCAAUAAUCAGCAAAGUGGUGCUGAGCACUUCUUUUUGUAAACACUUGCAUCAUAAAAUUCUAUUUUAAAAUAUUGAUACAUAUUCGUAUUUUAAGACAACAGAAAUUUACAAUUAAGGAGGGGAUUUGGAAAAUCAGAAAAGUCUGGAAUGCAGUGCUGGUGCUUUGUAUUGACAUCCAGUUUUCUAGGUAGAAUCUGAGAGGGAGAGGGAGAGGGGGAGAGAGAGAGAGAGAGACAGAGAGAGAGAGAAGGAUGGAAUGAGCGAGAGAGAGGGAUGGAGGGAGGGAGAGAGAGAGGGAGGAAGGGAGAUGGAUGGAGGGAGAGAGAGGGAUAGGGAGAGGGAGAGAGGGAUGGAGGGAGAGAGAGGGAGAGAGAGGGAUGGAGAGAGAGGGAGGGAGGGAGGGAGGGAGAGAGAGAGCGCAUUUCAGCUAUGGUCAGAAUUUCAUGUUUUUCUGCAUCUGCAAAAGCACUUAAGUAAAAAAAAAAAAAGGACUGAUGAAUUCUCUAUGUUUCAAUAUUUCAAGAUGGACUGCAAUCACUGCCCACCUACUGUAUAUUGUGCCAGCAACACACAUAAAGACAAAAAAAAUCAAGUGUUUUAAUACGAUGAUUCUGUAACAACGUCAUUCACAGUCCUCUAGACAAGACGCUUCAUCUAGCUGAAGAUCUUUCCAGUUCUCUUCAGAAAAAAAAGUUUGUGCCAAUUUUCCAAAAUGUGUUUUUUGUUUCCAGAAAAAAGGAAAGGAAGAACAUUUUAAAUCAUACCAGGCCAUACCAAAGCCUGGAGUUUGUAGCAGUCUGCAGUCAAGUAUUAGUUUGUUUGCAUGGCACUACACAAAACACUAUCACUGAGCUUUGGCAGUGAUCUGAGUGGAUGAGUGUUAACAACCUCACCAGCUGUUGAUGUUCCCUGCCUGCUUAUGACCCAUGACCUUAGAUCUAACAGUAUUGGGAAUGUUUGUAAGUUUACCAUAAAGCCGGAGUUAUACUUCAGCAUUGGUGUGUAUUUGCAGCGUGACUCAGAAAAGGGAGUAUAUAAGCAUGCGUUGCACACUCAAGCUUUCCUCUUCCAGGAAUCUUACUGCAUUUUGAGUCUCUUUGGUGCUGUGCAUCAACCGCCCUACAGAUGAAUGCUGAUUGGUUGGUGCGAGAUCGUGUCAGGUUGCAUACAGAGAAACGGUGUAACAAGAUAUUGUGAGCCUUUAGUUUAACGAACGUUUUAAGAGUAACAUAGCUCCACUUAGGCUGUGAUCUUCAUCCAAGUUUUUUUAAAAGUGUAGCCUGUUAACCAUCAUGAAUGGAAAAACAAUUUCUAAAAGUACCAUUUGAGACAAAUUCAUGCUGCUAGACUGUCAGGCCUGAACGUUUAGAUAAUACAAGUGAAAACUCUUGCACUGCACACACAAAGUACCAGAUGCCAUAAAGAAAAAUGUAGUCGUUUACAUUGCUCAUGAGUAGCAUACUGUAUGCGGAUCUGUUCGCAUUGAGGAUUGUCAACAACACCAUCUCUAGCAAAAAUAUACUUCCCUGCUCAACCAAUCUGGGUUUGCUUGAUGCACAGCAACUCUGAUUUGCACUAUAACAGUGGCUGAGGUUCUCAAUAUUUGCACAUCGACACUGUCUCGAUUAUAGAUACUAUAAUCCCUUCUCUGUGUCUCUGGCAGUUGGAUGUGUCUGUAUCACUACGGAUAGUAAUGAGGUUGAGAUAUAUUGGAGUUGUCCUUAAAAUCCAAUACUGGGCUGCGAAACACUGAACAAA